UUCCUUAUCCCAUAUAUUUCCCAACAUCUCAUUCCACUCUCAUCUUCAUCAUCACAAUGGCAGCUUCCACACAUUCCCUCCCUCUCCUCCUCCUCGCUGUCGCUGCAGCCCUCUUUGUCCUCCGUGCCGAAGCACAAACAGCACCUGCCCCGGCCCCGUCCGGCCCACUGAACUUCACCAGCAUCCUAGACAAAGCUGGCCAGUACACCACCUUCCUCCGCCUCCUCGCUCAAACCCAAGUGGCCACCCAAAUCCAGAGCCAGCUCAACUCCACCACCGAGGGCCUAACCGUCCUUGCACCCACGGACAACGCCUUCACUAACCUCAAAGCCGGUACCUUGAACGACCUCUCCGCCCAACAACAAGUACAGCUUGUUCUUUACCAUGUUCUCCCCAAGUACUACACUCUCGACAAUCUCCAAACAGUGUCGAACCCCGUGAGGACUCAGUCCUCCGCCUCAAACGGCGGCGGAUCUUACGGGCUCAACUUCACGGGAUCCGGAGGGAACCAAGUGAACGUGUCGAGCGGGGCGGUUACUACUCAGAUCAACAAUGCAUUGAGGCAGCAGUUUCCGUUGGCUGUGUACCAAGUUGACAAGGUACUGUUUCCUAAUGACAUGUUUAGUGAGGCAUCACCGGCUCCUGUCCCGGCUAAAACUCCGGCCGGAAGCACAAACACGACGAAAGAAACGGCGGCCCCGGAGCCAUCUACGGAUGGGACCAGUAGUUCGAGCAAGACGAGUGUGGGAUUCCUGGGAUUGGCUUUAGGGCUGGCUUUAUUUUUCAUGGGGACUAGCUAGUAAGUAGUGGUUUUGUGCAGUGUGAUUUGUAUCAACAACAACAUUCUUCGAUCAUGUGAUUCUUGAAUUUCUCUUUGUUUUUUCUUUUUGUCGAAUGAGAUUGUUUGAUUGUUAUGACUUAUGAGACUUUUUCCUUUCCUUGUUUUCCUUCUGAUCGGAUCGAUCAACGUAAAAUAUUGCAAAUAAUAAUGAUAAUGAGGCAUUGUGUUUUUCAGUCAAGUAAUUAGUUUGGAU